CUCUGCGUUCGUCACCAUCUGUACGCACGGCGGCGACAGGAGCUCCUGCGUCGGCAGGGACGGGCACCGCUAUUCUUUAUCCUAUUCUGGGAAGAAAAAUAUUAACCAUCACAGAGAAUAGAUCCAUCGCGGCGUGGGUCCCCUGCAAAGUAUUCCCCCUACUGGAACCUCCGAUGGAUUAGUUUAGGAUUUUUCUCCCCCCCUCCGUCCGAACCUAGAGAAUGGGCUGCGUCCAAUGUAAGGAUAAAGAAGCAGCAAAACUCACCGACGAGCGCGACGCCGGCCUCUCGCACAACUCGGGCUACCGCUAUGGCUCCGACCCCACGCCGCAGCACUACCCCCCCAACUUCGGGGUCACCACCAUCCCAAAUUACAACAACUUCCACAGCACCGCCACGCAGGGGGUCACCGUCUUUGGAGGCGUGCACUCGUCCUCGCAGUCGGGCACGCUGCGGUCCCGAGGAGGAACAGGAGUGACUCUGUUUGUGGCUCUGUAUGACUACGAAGCUCGGACCGACGAUGACCUCAGCUUCAGGAAAGGGGAGAGGUUCCAGAUCCUCAACAGCACAGAGGGAGACUGGUGGGAGGCCCGCUCUCUCACCACAGGUGGAACUGGUUACAUUCCCAGUAAUUAUGUCGCUCCGGUGGACUCCAUCCAAGCUGAGGACUGGUAUUUUGGUAAAUUAGGCCGCAAGGAUGCAGAGAGACAAUUGCUUUCCAACGGCAACGCCAGAGGCACGUUCCUCAUCCGGGAGAGUGAAACGACCAAAGGGGCCUACUCCCUUUCCAUCCAGGACUGGGAUGACAUCAAGGGAGAUCACGUCAAACACUACAAGAUCCGAAAACUGGACAGCGGCGGUUACUACAUCACCACCCGAGCCCAGUUUGAGACGCUGCAGCAGUUGGUGCAGCACUACUCUGCCAGGGCGGCGGGUCUGUGCUGCCGCCUGAUCGUGCCUUGCCACAAAGGCAUGCCCCGUCUCACGGACCUGUCCGUCAAAACUAAAGACGUGUGGGAGAUCCCGCGGGAGUCGCUUCAGCUCAUUAAACGUCUCGGCAACGGGCAGUUCGGAGAAGUUUGGAUGGGCACGUGGAACGGAACCACCAAGGUGGCUGUGAAGACCCUGAAGCCGGGCACCAUGUCGCCCGAGUCCUUCCUGGAGGAGGCUCAGAUCAUGAAGAAGCUGCGACACGACAAGCUGGUGCAGCUGUACGCCGUGGUGUCUGAAGAGCCCAUCUAUAUAGUCACCGAGUACAUGAAUAAAGGGAGUUUGCUUGACUUCCUUAAGGAUGGAGAAGGACGAGGCCUCAAACUUCCAAAUCUGGUGGACAUGGCGGCUCAGGUUGCGGCUGGCAUGGCGUACAUCGAGAGGAUGAACUACAUUCACCGAGACCUCCGCUCUGCCAACAUCCUGGUCGGCGACAGUCUGGUGUGUAAGAUUGCUGACUUUGGUCUGGCCAGGCUCAUCGAGGACAACGAGUACACAGCCAGACAAGGUGCAAAGUUUCCCAUCAAGUGGACCGCGCCCGAGGCGGCGCUCUACGGGAAAUUCACCAUCAAGUCUGACGUGUGGUCCUUCGGCAUCCUGCUGACGGAGCUGGUGACCAAGGGCCGGGUGCCCUAUCCAGGCAUGAACAACCGCGAGGUGCUGGAGCAGGUGGAGCGCGGCUACCGCAUGCCGUGCCCGCAGGACUGCCCCACGUCCCUGCACGAGCUCAUGGUGCAGUGCUGGAAGAAGGACCCGGAGGAGAGGCCCACCUUCGAGUAUCUGCAGGCCUUUUUGGAGGACUACUUCACUGCCACUGAGCCUCAGUACCAACCAGGGGAUAAUCUCUGAGUCACGUCUGCCACUGGCCACUAGAGGGUGCCAGACAGCCGCUAUUAUGUCUUUUUUUUUUUCUCUUGACGCUCAUCUGCUGACCUCUUGACUUCCAAGCCUCAUCACACACACACAAACACACACACAAACACACACACACACACACACACCAGGCAAGCUGACUAUCAAAUCAGGAUGCUCUGGAGAAAGGAGAAGUGUCGUUCACUGACAAGGAUGCAAAAGAUGAGCUGUGUAACUUGUAAUUAGUGUAAAUACAAAUUGCUUGUUUACUUACUUCUGUUGGUUCUAUUUGACUUUAUUAUACUUUUGAUAUUUUGGGGAAACAUUCAGCUUUCCUUUACUUUUAAUCCAAGUUAAUCUGAGGUUUGCUCAUUUGCUAGACAUGCUGGACUGACCAUAUUCAAAUGAUAAUAAUGAUAAUGAUAUUACUGUAGGUCUCUGUACAACAAAAUGCAUGUAUCUCCAUUUUUGUGAUUUACAAAAAUUUUUAUCCCUAAAAAAUAUAAAAAUUGGUAAAUUGUUUUGUUUUUUUAAUACUCACAAAAAUGUUUUUUUUUUAAUGUAAUCUUAUUUUGUUAUUGCAGAAAACAACAAAAUUAUUCAUUUGGUUUGUCAUUAAAAAAAAAAAAAGUCACAAAUGUAUUUUAAAGUCUAACCCUAAAAAGUGAAAAAAAACACUUUUGAUCCACUUUUUCAGCCCUUCCCCCCUCAAAAAAAUAUUUUAUUUUUUUUCAAAUGACUAACAUCACAAAGUUUUAUGAUGCAUAAGAACAACCAAAUCACUUAUUAGAUUUGUCAUGAAAAACUAUUUUGAAGUCAAAAUAUUUUUUUACAUUUGAAUCCUGAAAAAAGUGAAGAAAAAUGUUUUUAGGGAUUACAAAAAAAUUUAAAAAAAAUUUCAUCCCAAACCUCUAAAAUAAAAAUUAUUUUCAGAUGACAAAAAUCACAAAAUUUAGUGAUACGCUCUUCUUUAAUGUCCAUUUUUUUCCCCGUUUUAAUUUUGAUGAGAAAAAAAAGAAAAACAAUUUCAGAAUGAAGAAAAAUCAAAGAAUUUAGAGGUGAAGGCAAUCUUUUAUGUCAUUUUUUGUUUAAAUUUUGAUCUAAACAAAAGUAAAUUUGGGGUUGGGAGAUUUUGAUAAGAAAAAAACGUAUCACUUUUUUUGCUUUUAUUUCUAAAAUGUUUUUAAUUUCCUUUAUUGGAACCAAAACCGUUAUUGCACUUUGAAAAAAAUAAAUCAAAAUAAAAAAAAGUGAUACAUGCUUUUUGUUGUGCAGUGACAAUAUUAUAUGAAUAGUAUUAUAAAUGAUUAGUAUUAAUAUUAAAACAAUUGUGUGGCUGUGCGAUUCAUUGAGCUUUUUUGUUUGUUUAUUUACACUAAUUUAAUCGAGUAUAACGCUACUGCUCCUCUCAAGGAAACUUGUAUGUACUCUAACACCUGUUCUUGCCUUUUCCUCUUUAGUAAGUACUCUUCUAUUGUAAGGGAAUGCCUUCUACUUGCUUUCUAACUGAUUGCCUAAUGAACUCUUCCACCGGAUGCACAAUGCAUUCGUUGCAUUUCAGCUGCAGCCAUGAAUUUGGAGAAGAGCAUCAAAUGUCUUUCACUUGCAAACAGAAAAAUGCUGAGUCAUGAUAAUCGGAUAUGUUGCAGGUCUGGACGUUCCAUGCCAACCCUUUUUGUGCGUGCUUACGUUGCUUUGUGUUUUUUUGUUUGUUUUGUCUCUGUAUUAUUAUUAUUAUUAUUAUUAUUAUUAUUAUUAUUAUUAUUAUUUAUUGUC